CGUUUUUAUUUUUUAUUUUUUUCUCUUCGCUCUCUACUUCUUAUCUUUCACUUUUUUUUUCUUUUUCCACGCGUUUCGUGGGUCUUUUUUCAUCCUUCCUCAUCUUUUGUCUGGCACAAGCAAACUUUUCGAAAGAAUCACAAUUGUUGUUUGCGUGAAAGAAAAAACCGAUUUCAUAUCAAGCAACUUAUCUCUCUACUAUUUCAUUUUCUCUCCAUCUUUGUUAUCAUUUGUAGUCUUCUUUUGACAUUUGGUUUUUGAUUAAGCCGUCUAAACGAUUGACUGACCUAAGUUUCAUUACUCUUUUUUUUUUCUGUUGUAUUUCCGGUUCUUCUUUUCCCUUUUUCUUUUUCCCCUCCUCUCCAAAUCAGAUACAAGUUUUUAUUAUCAUGCCUGUGUCUAUUGAAUAUAACUCGCUUCGUCGCAUGAGCACAAUCACCGUGCCUAAACAAGAUAUUAACUUUGACGCGUACGAUUUUCAAUUGUGUCAACCUCAGAACGAUAUCAAAAACGCCUUUGAAUCGCGUGAAUUGGAAGCUACCUUUUGCCGUGAUUUUGCCUGCUGCGGUUUAGUCCUGGAUGAUCUUCACGAUCUUUUGCAGCACUAUGAAGAGUGCCAUGUCCGGUUAGAAGACGAUGAUGGUAGCUUGUACGAUGAAUCGGAAUACUGGACUCCUUCGUCAUCGACCGCAUCCUCUGUGAAAGAAAUCAGUACCCUCAAGAAAAAGGCCGCGGCUUAUCUGUCUGAUUUGUACAACUCCUCCGCUCCGGCCAGUCCCACCGGUCUUGCCACACCUUCCUCAUAUGUUUCGGGUCCGCUCAGCACCUCACCGAGCCAUGCCUUGGAACUCUUGACUCAAUCGGCGGUCAAAAAGUUGGCCUUGGCCACUGGCGAUUUGCCUACACCUAUUUUGACAGAUGAAGACUUUCUGGCCCAAGCCGGGGCUUUGCUGGCUUCAGCCAACGCGAAUGCUGCGGCGGAUAAACCAUACAAGUGUCCUGUCCCCGGUUGCGAUAAGGCUUACAAAAAUCCCAAUGGUCUAAAGUAUCAUAAUCAGCAUGGUCACUGCAAUCUGGUCACGGAUGAAAACGAAAACAUGGCUUCCAAACCUUAUCAAUGCACGAUAGGUGAUUGUGGCAAGCGAUACAAGAAUUUGAAUGGUCUGAAAUACCAUAUCGAGCAUUCUCACAUGGCUGCGCUGAACCAUACUUUGGCCACUAUCGGUUCGUCAUUUUUCCAGCAACAACAACAACAAGCGGCAUUAUCUGCGUUGACAUCGCCUACCGAGUUUUCCCCGGAAGCGUCGCCUAUCUUGCCUUCAGCUGCUUUGCCUUGUCUUUUCUAA